GUUGACCACGUCUGCCCGGAGGCUGGGACCGGUCUCCUGGCCGCCUACGAGCAGUGGCGCGGGAGUGCCGACAGCCAGGCCUGCUGCGAUUACGCCCUGCACGUCGACGUCCCUCGCUGGCACGAAAGCCUGAAGGAGGAGCUGGAAGCCCUGGUGAAGGACAAGGGUGUGAACUCCUUCCUGGUUUUUAUGGCGUACAAAGACAAACUGCAGUGCACCGAUGCCCAGAUGUAUGAAAUAUUCUGCACUAUUCGAGACCUGGGGGCCAUCGCCCAAGUGCAUGCUGAGAACGGAGACAUCAUCGAUGAG